AAGGGAUCAUACAUGGAGGAUUUGGUUGAUAAGAUAAUUCUGGUUCCCUUUAGAUCAGCAGUUUUACCCCACUAUGUGUCAUUAACUUGGGAAUUAUGGUACGCCUUCACUCUUACAGCCCUUCAAAUAGAUCGCAUCCCUUAUGCACAAUCCUUCCUUGACCAGACUAAAUUUUUACAAUGCACUGACAACGCGAAUUGACAAGAAUCAAGGCUAAACUGUGCAGUUGUCAAGUGAAACCAGUCCCGUUUUUUAAUCACUCAAUUUAUUAAAAGUGCACACAUUUGAUAACACUCUUUUUAAUUAAUAAGGAAUUUUUAUCUGCUUCUCAUUUUUAUCUUCAAAUCAUGUCAAUCCCAACAAAUCAUCCUGGGUUUAUUUUAACUGCAGAUCCCACAUUGCACGCAUUGCAAACUUUGCUGCAAGAGACGAUCCACUCGAUUGGAAAUGAAGAUCAAGUGAAGAAAAAUUUAAACACGGCGAAACAAUUGCUCGAUACGGCGAGGGUUCGAUAUGAUGACGGAAUUUUAUCAAAAUUUCGAUUAGAUGGACAAGUCGCCCUCGUCACGGGGGCCGGGCAAGGAAUUGGUCGCGCCCUCGCGCACGCCUUGGGCGAGGCUGGAUGCUCCGUAGUAAUCGCGGACAUUAAUGCGACCACGGCUGCCACCGUGGCGUCGGAACUUGAGGCGAAAAAUAUUCAAAGCUUCGCGGUUAAGGUCGACAUUUCAAAAAAGGAAGAAGUCGACGCCAUGAUGGAGGCGAUAUUGGCGAAAUUUGGAAAUUUGCAUAUUGCUUGUAACAAUGCGGGAAUCGCGUCCCAGUCAAAAGGCGAGGAGACGGAGGAGGUCGAGUGGGACACCAUUUUGGGGGUUAAUUUGAAGGGGACGUUCCAUUGUUGUCAAGCUGAAGCGAAACAUAUGCUGAAAAAUGGAUAUGGUCGCAUCAUCAAUACGGCGUCGCUUUGUGCUAAGACCGUUGUCAAGCCGCAGUGUCAGGUCGUGUACAAUUCAUCUAAAGCAGCCGUUGUUCACAUGACAAAAACCUUGGCGACGGAAUGGGCCGGAAGAGGGGUGACGGUCAACUGUAUUUCGCCUGGUUACGUGGACACAGAACUGACGAGGGGAGAACACUUACAAGAUUUCCGCGCCCAAUGGAUCCGUGACAUCCCGAUGAAGAGGUUGGCCGAUGUGGCAGAGUUGACGGGGGCCGUGGUGUACUUGGCAUCCCCCCUUGCCAGCUAUACCACGGGGCUCGACUUCAUCAUCGAUGGGGGUGCAACCCUCUGGUGAAAGUGUGAUGGAUAUGUUUCUUGGAAAUUAUUUUUUUUUAACUGGACAAAUUUUAUUAGAGUUGCAUACAUAAAUAAAAUAUGCAUUUUACAUUAUUUUAUAAAUCUCUUAAUUGAUAAUUAUUAUGUACUUACAAACUAAAUAUGGACAACUUCAAUAUGUAGUCGCUUAACAUUGAUUGGAACCUGCAAUUGUGUGAACUUAGCAAACUCGUAGAUACACUUUUUUUUAAUUCGCAUUAAAAAAUAUACCUAUACAAAAUAUGACAAGUCUAUAUAUGUAAUUUUGAUUUCUGAA